AUCUUCUCGCAGCGACGGUAAUAAUGUCUAUUACGCGCAAUAUUAUAGAUUCUACAUAUAUUUUACAUUGAAUGAUAACUUUCUAGACUUCUUUUGGCAGCAUAACCAUCAUGGCUUUGAAUGAGAAUAGAGCAAUGGUUACCCGCCAUAACCAACAGAAUUACCUCUUACUUAAUGAUGGAUACGAUGAAACUUUACCAGAAGAUCAAAUAACGGAAUCCGAUUUUGAAUCUUUUGUCAAUCUAUCAUCAACUGAAGUCCUGCCCUCAGAGUCAGUUUUACAGGCCCUGACUUAUUCCGCACUAACAGUAUCAUCCUCGAUCCUGCCCCGGAAACGCCCAGCGCCUACUACAGCAUCUCCCUUUCCCCUUGGUAGAUUGAUUCUAGUAUAUCACGAAUCACAGAAGAUUCGAUGUGCUUUUAUUAAUAAGAAGACUAGUAUCCAAUAUCCUUGGACGACCUUAGAUUUAUUACGGCAGACAUUUACUUCGAAUAUGCAGUAG